AUGGUCUCCUUCUGGCCGUUCAAGCAGUCCAGCGAGGACCAAGCGUACUUCGAGAAGACGCUUUCGACGCUCUCUGGGAAGAUUACGAGGGCUGCUGCGAGAAAUGAUGCCGCGAGGCAGAGAUCUAGGCGUAUCCGCGUCAUGUGGACGCUUUGGGCUGGCUUUGCCUACAUCUUUGCGGCCCUGUUCUGGUCGCUGGUAGUGGGCUACAAGAAUUGGGGACGCACAGAGUAUACCGCGGUUGCUGGCGGACCGGUAUUGAUCUACAUCGUCCGCACCACGACGACCCGUUUUUACGACUGGCGCAUCUCCAGCACAGAAGCCUACAUCAAGAACCUCAGCAAGGAACGCGAGGCAACGAUUGAGCGGCUGAAGGAAUCCACCAAGUGGAAUACCACGCAGCAGCUUCUCGAAAAAUACGGCGGUCAACCGCAGAAACCGAAGGCACCUGCAGACAAGAAAGAUGCCCCCCAGAAACCAGCUCCAGCACCUGGACCUCGCACCGGCAUCGCACCCCCGCCCACGGCAAACAUCCAACGCCCCUCCGACAAGCGUCCAGCAACACCACAACAACCUGUCUCGGCAACCCCUCCCCAAAACCUUUCACACCCACCCGCUCUACCCUCUUCCGAAACCCUCAGCGCUGAAUUCGCUCCCAACGCAUUCUCCGCCCCCGAACUCACAAGACAAUACACAGCCUCCUCCGCCGCUACCUUUACGCAGUCCCACUGGUACGACCGCAUCUUGGACGCGCUCCUCGGCGAAGACGAAACCCAACCGAAGAACCGCAUCGCGCUUAUCUGCACGGAAUGCCGCCUCGUGAAUGGACAGGCGCCGCCGGGCGCCCGCACGCUCGAGGAUGUUGGCCGCUGGCGGUGCGGUGGGUGCAAUGCGUGGAAUGGGAAGGAGAAGGUGGAGGAGGUGGCCGUGGAGCGGCUUGUGCAGGAGUGGGAGAAGGAGCGCCAGGCGAAGGAGGAGGGAAAGCCGAUUGAAUCUUCGAAGAACCAGGAGAUGGAGGAUGUCAUUACAUUAUCAGGUGGAGACGAGGGCUCGGGCGUGGAUGUCGCGGACGAGUCUGUUGAUGAGGCGCCUGUGCGGGAGCGCACGACGAGGAGCAAGUCCAAGGCGAAGGGGAAGAAGUGA